GUGCGAUUUGCUCAGCAGCUUAUGUGUGAGUUAUGACAACAAAUUGGUUUCAGCUCGUGCUUAAUGCUGCAAUUCAGCUAUACCAUCUGGUCCAUCUGUGAGUGUGUGAGACGCAGGAUAAAAGGGAGAUUUUUGCAGAUCCUAUGGAUGCACCUGCCACCUCAUUUACUUCUGAGAGUUGACGCUAGCAUCCACAGGCGUAAAUGUGGUGACGGAACUUUCUUGUGUACUCAAAGUCUUAAUCGUCUUCAUCCUGUCUUCUCUCUGGCAGACAAAGAUAGGCUGGACCUUGAUGAAGAUUCCCUGGGAGUGUGCCCUAUGAGGAACAGCAAUGGAGUAGGCAACAGUAAUGGAAGUAAUGGCUGUGGCGGCAACGGAGGAGGAAGUUUUAACCAAUUCUUGGGGCCCCUGUUGUGGGAUCGCACCUUGCCUGCAGAUGGGGGCCUCUUCCAGCUUCAGUAUAUGGACUUGGAGGAGUUUCUGACUGAAAACGGAAUGGGCAGCAUGCAUAACAACAACAGCUCCAGUUCGGCCCAGAUCCCCUCGCAGAGCUCCCAGUCGGCCGUGCCCAACCAGAGCUCCCAGUGCCUACCGCCAUCAUCUCCACCUGGCUCCACGUCGUCAUCACCUUCCUCCUCGUCUUCCCCGUCGCUCAUCGGCUUGGAGGUGGCCCAGCCGCAGAGUAUCGGAGGAGGAAGCGACUGUUUGCAUGGUGAGUACCAUUCAGCUGAACCAGAGAGUAAAAACAAAACAAGGACAGGUCAUACUUCAAGGUUUUUUCCAUAUCAGCUCAAAACAGCAACACCAGUGAAGAAGAUUCUUGCAAGGUUUGCUGAAAGAGACAAAUUGUCCCCCUGCCACUGAUAUUAUGAGACUAGUAGACCCUACAACUCAAUAACAGCUGAGAUUUAAUCAAGGUUAUAUUGUGUGCGUAUAAUGUUCCCACAGGCUUGUGACUCAGCACUUUCCUUUGAGUUUAUAACAAAUACCAUGGUGACCGAGCAUUUUUCUGUCCUGUGGGGGUCAAAGUGAAGGCAGGGCACAGUCACAUGGCUCUACACGCAAAGUCAACUUGAAAGAGAGAAACAUGGAGUUCAGAAAAUUUGUUUUUCAUUUGGGGUUAAACGCUGGGCGAGGGACCAGGCAGAUGUGGCGGAAAAAAGGUGGAAUAGCCGAAAAAAAAAGGUCUUGAGGUAUUUGAUGAGUCAACGUCGUAGCAUUGACAGGGUUUGGUUGCAUGUGAUCAAUGUUCUGCAGUGUACUACACAAUCAGCAUUCUGUCCCAGCCCAUUAUAAAUGUGCAGCAGGGUCAAAACAGAG